AUGUCGGCUAGAAGAUAUGACGAUCCCGUUGUACCAGCACUUGGAGGUCUUCCCUCCGCUCAACCCUCCACAGCAUCAGUGUCGCUGCCUCACGAAAUUAAAGACUUAAAUCACGAUGAGAAGGAUGGGUCGAGCGCUGAAGGUGGCUACUCUGACAAAGAUGUCAUUAAUAUUGGUAGUAAAUCCAGAGGUGUCAUCGAGAUGGACGCUUUGCAAGCAAGAAUGAACACCAGAUGGCGGAUCGUUAUAUACCUCUUCUUCAUGUUCGUGUCAUACAGCUUGAGUCUGGAUCAAAGUACUGCUACUGUAUAUCUCAACUAUGCUGUAUCCAAAGGCUUCAAGUUACAUUCCCUACAGGCCUCAGUCACGGUCGUCACGUCAAUUUUCUCCGCCAUGGCACCUACACCGAUUGCCAAAUUUGCUGAUUACUUCGGUCGAGUGUAUGCCGAGAUCGGUUGUCUCGUCCUCUAUACUGUCGGACAAGCUGUUAUGGCAUCAGCUAAGGGUAUCGUCCAGUUCUCAGCUGGUAGUGCCAUCCAUACCCUUGGUAUUAGUGGAAUGUUCAUGCUUCAAAAUAUCAUCAUUGCCGAUAUCUCUUCUUUGCGAAAUCGAUACUGGUGGUUGGUCGCCCCUUCCGUCCCUCAAGUGUUCAACUCCUUAGGUGCGAAUGUAGCUGAAUCGAUGCUGGGUUACGGCAACGAGAGCACUUCUUGGAGAUGGGGUAUUGCGAUGUUCUGUAUCUUGAUCUCGCCUAUCACUACCCCAAUCAUCAUCACUCUAUGA